AUGACUCGACAAACAAGCAAUACUGAACCAGGGCCUCCAGAUGAGAACCGCCCGGAUAGCAGAGGACCGCCAUCUGUUAGCUUUGCCCUCAGUCCUUCUGAGAGUCAGUUAUCGGAACGAACGAUAUCCUCAACUCAGCGGCAGGCCUUCUUAAAACCAGUAGCUAAUACUGCAUUCGACAGAAAAGCAUCUAUUGUGGAUGAGACCACUGGCAUCACGCGUACGCAAAUGAAAGAGUUCCGUGAAGCAUUCCGGCUUUUCGAUAAAGAUGGAGAUGGCACUAUCACAAAGGAGGAACUUGGCCGCGUUAUGCGAAGUCUUGGCCAAUUCGCACGGGUUGAAGAGCUUCAGGAUAUGCUGCAGGAAGUUGAUAGUGAUGGUGAUGGGAACGUUAGCUUUGAAGAGUUCGUAAACAUACUGUCAAAGUCGAUGUCAGGAGCCGGCGGAGGCUCCAGUUCCGCUGAACAAGAAGAGCGGGAGUUACGUGAUGCGUUUCGAGUGUUUGAUAAACACAACCGAGGAUAUAUUUGUGCGUCUGAUCUAAGAGCUGUUCUGCAAUGUCUAGGAGAAGAUCUCUCGGAAGAAGAAAUUGAAGACAUGAUUAAGGAAGUGGAUUCUGAUGGCGACGGACGUAUUGAUUUUCUAGAAUUCGUUCGAGCACUUGGAGAACCAGAAGAUGCUUGUGACGAUGAAGAUGAUGAAGAUCCAACCGAUGGAACCGAUAUUCUUUUAUCUCGACCAGUUGCUGCUAAU